AUGAAGUUCACCGUCGCAACUCUUUUCCUCGCAACCAUCUUUGGCAUGGUCGUUGCUGCUCCCGUCAAGAGAGGAGAAGCCACUGUUGCAUCUACUGAGGGUGCUUUCGAGGAGCAGAAGACUAUUGUUAUCGUUCGCGUCAAGGGUGAAGAAGUUGAAGAAGCCGCUUCGAAAAAGAGAGAUGAGGCCGCUGUUGCCUCUACCGAAGGUGCUUUCGAGGAACAGAAGACCAUCGUCAUUGUUCGUGUAAAGGGCGAGGAAGUUGAGGAGGCUGCAUCCAAAAAGAGAGACGAAGCUGUUAUUGCCUCCACUGAGGGUGCCUUUGAAGAGUCAAAGACUAUUGUUUGUUUACUAAUCGAAUUCUCCGAACAAAUUGUCCGUGUUAAGGGUGAGGAAGUUGAAGAGUCUGCAUCCUAG